AGAGUGACCUGGGCAUUUUGUUCACUGAAGGAUGGUGUCCUCUCUGCCUUGGUUCUACUUUAUUUUGUGGCUAGAUAAUGCCCUGGGGAAUCUUGAAGAUGAAGGGAAUCUUUUCUCAGAGAACAUCAGCCGUAUCCUGGACAAUCUGCUGGAAGGCUAUGAUAAUCGACUGCGGCCAGGAUUUGGAGGUGCUGUGACCGAAGUCAAAACAGAUAUAUAUGUGACCAGUUUUGGGCCCGUUUCAGAUGUGGAGAUGGAGUAUACAAUGGAUGUUUUCUUUCGCCAAACAUGGACCGAUGAGAGGUUGAAGUUUGGGGGACCAAGUGAGAUUUUGAGCUUGAAUAACUUGAUGGUCAGUAAAAUCUGGACACCGGAUACAUUUUUCAGGAAUGGUAAAAAGUCAAUUGCUCAUAACAUGACGACCCCUAAUAGACUCUUCAGAAUAAUGCAGAAUGGGACGAUUCUUUAUACCAUGAGGCUGACCAUUAAUGCUGACUGUCCCAUGAGGCUGGUGAACUUUCCAAUGGACGGGCAUGCUUGUCCACUAAAGUUUGGCAGCUAUGCUUAUCCGAAAAGUGAAAUCAUAUAUACAUGGAAAAAGGGACCACUUUACUCAGUGGAAGUGCCAGAAGAAUCUUCAAGUCUCCUUCAGUAUGAUCUGAUUGGGCAAACAGUAUCUAGUGAAACAAUUAAAUCGAACACAGGUGAAUAUGUAAUAAUGACAGUUUAUUUCCACUUGCAAAGGAAGAUGGGAUACUUCAUGAUACAAAUAUAUACUCCUUGCAUUAUGACAGUCAUUCUUUCUCAAGUUUCUUUCUGGAUUAAUAAGGAGUCUGUCCCAGCAAGGACUGUCUUUGGAAUUACUACCGUUUUGACCAUGACCACUUUAAGCAUUAGUGCCCGGCACUCCUUACCGAAGGUGUCCUAUGCCACAGCCAUGGAUUGGUUCAUAGCGGUUUGCUUUGCUUUUGUCUUCUCUGCUCUGAUCGAGUUUGCAGCUGUUAACUACUUUACCAAUCUUCAGACACAGAAGGCCCACAGGAAGGCACAGAUUGCAGCUGCAUCCCCAGUGACAAUAUCAAAAGCAACGGAACCCUUGGAAGCAGAAAUUAUUUUGCAUUCAGAUUCCAAGUACCAUCUGAAGAAGAGGAUCACUUCCUUGACGUUGCCUAUUGUUCCAGCCCCUGAGGCCAGCAAAGUCCUUACUAGAGGGCCUGUUUUACAACCUACUCCUACCACACCUCCAGCCCUCUCUCCAGCUGUUGGUGGCACUAGUAAAAUUGACCAGUAUUCCCGAAUUCUCUUCCCAGUUGCAUUUGCUGGUUUCAACCUUGUAUACUGGAUAGUUUAUCUUUCCAAAGACACAAUGGAAGUGAGUAGCAGUGUAGAAUAGUUAGCAGAUAAGAUAACUUAUAUAUACACUCUCUUUCUUGCUAUUUGAAAAGAUAGCAUUGGAACAAAUGUGGAUACUUUUCAAACAUAAAAUAAAAGUGGAAA